AUCUACGUGCUAAAAUAAGACUUUUUAUUUUUCAUUUUUUUUUCAAUUUAGGCUUAAAUAGUUUAUAUUUGUGAUGCUUAUUAAUUAUAAAAUUAAUUCCUACAAAUUUGUACUUAUUUUUUUAAUAAUAAUUUUAUCAGAGUUUAUUAUUAUCUAUUAUACUAGAAAUCCAUUAGAAUCUUACACUCCUCAUAGAUGGAAUUUGGCAAAUUAUUUUUAUGAUGUAAAAUUAACUACAUACUAUGUUGAAAAUAACCGUAGCUUAUAUGAAGCUAAUGAUUCUUAUCAAUAUUUUAACAAAUUUAAUUAUUCAUAUAUGCUGAAUUUUCAAACAAUUUUAAACUAUAUUGAUGCCAUUAAUUUGAAUGCCAAUAGUAUUUUAGUUCAAGACAAAAAUGAUGUAAAAAUUAACAAUUAUCAUUUUCUAUUACAUGAUAUUGGAAAAAACAAAUCCAUGAAAUAUCUUCAUAUAUCUUGCUUCAUAGUUAUUCAAAUUCAUAAUCGUCCUGAUAAUUUAAAAUAUCUUAUAAUAUCGCUAAAAAAUACUGGAUUUUCUUCAUGUCUAUUAAUAUUUAGCAUGGACUGUUAUUCAGAACAUGUGGAAACUAUUAUUGAUGAUGUCAGAUUUGCACCAUAUAUUAAAUUAUAUUAUCCACUUUCUCAUCAAUUAUUUGCCAAAGAGUUCAAAAUUGAAGUUGAGUCAUUAUUCAACAAAUAUUCAAAACUUUUUCUACCUGAACCACAUGAAGCCAAAGAAAUAAGAACUCGACUUGCCGAACCAAAUCGAAUUCUUUGGAAAUCUCUAGGUAAUUGGAUCAAUUCAUGUGAAAUUGAAGACUCUAGUGCAGUUACUUUUAAGGAAUAUUUAUUAAAAAAUAUCAGUCACUACCUCAACAUAACAUAUUCACAUGUCAAGACAAGCAUUCAUAAGAAGUUUUCUUUAUCAUUGAUCAAGCACCAUUGGUGGUGGAAACUGAAUGCUAUAUUCUCACAAAUUACUAGUAUUAAUGUCACUUUUAGUCAUCCAAAUCUUUAUCAAAAACAAGAAUUAAUAAAAAACAAUAAAUCUUUGGCCUCUAUUGCCUCAAAUACGAUAUCCCCAAACAUUAUUUUCUAUCCAGAUACAGCUACUACAAAUAUAAUUCAAAUUGAUCCAAGUAAAAACAAAAUUUCAGACGAUACCAAAAAAUUACAUGUUAACAGGUCAAAAUUAUCUGAUGAAUUGAUUAAAUUAAAAUCAAACGAUAAAGCAAGAUUAUCACUCUCUCAUUUUCAAGGACCAGUUUUAUUCCUCGAGGAAGAUUAUUACGUUUCACCAGAUAUUUUAAAUGCUAUGCUUUACGCUUACCACAUGUUAUAUGUGCCAAAUAAAUAUCAAAAGGAAAAAUUCGAUGAAAGAAUCAAUAAGAAAGCAGAAAAUAUGCACCAUUAUAAUAUUAAAAAUGAUACAAGUAACGAUAAUACUAACUAUCAUUAUAGUGUCUCUUAUAGCCAAAAUACAGAAUAUCUGUUUGAAUGGCCGUUGCUAUCUAAUAAACAACAUUCUUUAAAACAUCCGGAAUUUUUGCUGCAACCCCAUACAAAUUUGUUAAACAUCGUUAACCCUACCACCUAUACACAUUUUUUAUCAACAGAUUUGGAAUCGGUUCCUGUGCUGCCUUUACUUUCAAUGGGCAAUUACGCCGAAAAAUGGCUGAUCGUUAACUCAUUACCAUCUAUCGAAUCGAUUCAAAAAAGUCUUCCUAAUAAUAAUUUUCAAAAAUACCUGAGGAUGAUUUUAUCUAAUCAUGAUAACUUGACUAAGAACAUGUCAAAAGUGUUGAACCUCCAAAGGAUGCUCUGGCGUUCCAGCUUUCACAACAUGGGGAUGGUGCUUAAUCGUAAUUUAUACAAUAUAUUUUUCGCUGAUCUUAAAUCUGCCAUCGAUUUUUGCGCUUACGACGAUUACAAUUGGGAUUGGACUAUAAAUCACUUAUUCCAAUCUCUCGCUACGCGAUUUAUUAUUCACGCUGUGUACCCAGAGCUGAGCAGGAUAUUUCACAUGGGAAUAUGCGGUGUCCAUCAAUCGCCCAAAAAAAAUUCGGACCCAACGCAAUGCUCGAUAACUAAUAAUGUAGUUACUUUAAAAGAUAACCUCGAUAUACUUUACGAUUCGAACGUAACCUUUGAUGAUCUUAAUAUCCUUCCCUUCGAUUCGCUUGAUCUGGGGUUCGGAGACCCUAAUGGUGGGUGGAAUUUUGAAGGCAACUAUGAUUUGUGUAUGAAAUACUCCUUUGUAAAAAAGGAAGAAGAAAAAGAAUUUUAAGUUUAAUUCAACGUAUAAUGAUCGUGUUUGGUUGAUUGCAUGAUGAUUAUCUUCUAAUCUAGACGAUUCAUAUUAUAAGUAUACAUAUAUUAAAGUCAGCUGUAGUCAUUGGCUGUAAUAG